UCGUGUUCGAUGUCUUCUGCUUUACUUUUCUGCUAUAGAACUCCUUCCUUUCUCCUUCUUACCGCGUCUCGUCUUCUAUACUUCUCGUCCCCGAAACUCUGAAUUCUAGGGCGGGCUAUCUUGAUCUCUGUUCUACAUAGGAGAGAGGAAUUUUGUUUGAGUAACAAAAGAAACAAAUUCAAGAUGUCGUGCUGGCUUUGCUGUUCAUGUAAGGUGGACGAGUCCGAUGACCCUCGUGAGAAUGAAGCCUUAAAGAGCCCAAAGCGUUAUGUGGAUGGUAGGAACGGAGUGCAAAAAGGUUCAAAGCUCUCUGCUGUAGAGAAAACAGAGAGUCAGAAGGCAAUACUACCUAUUGACGUACCUGCAUUAUCUCUUGAAGAACUGAAAAAUAAGACGGACAACUUUGGCUCAACGGCUUUGGUCGGUGAAGGUUCCUAUGGAAGAGUAUAUUUUGCUCUUUUAAAUGAUGGUAGACAAGUGGCAAUCAAAAAGCUUGAUGCUGCACAAGAGCCCGAGUCCAAUGCGGAGUUUCUAUCCCAGGUUGCUAAGGUAUCAAAAUUGAAGCAUGAAAAUUUUGUCCAAUUGCUGGGUUACUGUGCCGAGGAGAAUCUCCGCUUGCUGUCCUAUGAGUUUGCAACCAUGGGCUCACUGCAUGAUAUUCUACACGGUAGAAAAGGUGUGCAAGGUGCACAACCUGGUCCUGCGCUUGACUGGAUGCAGCGUGUUAGGAUUGCCAUUGAUGCAGCUAAGGGGCUCGAGUAUCUCCAUGAGAAGAUACAGCCUUCGAUUAUACAUAGGGAUAUCCGGUCGAGCAACAUUUUGUUAUUUGAGGACUUCAAGGCUAAAAUAGCAGACUUUAAUCUUUCAAAUCAGGCUCCUGAUAUGGCUGCUCGCCUUCAUUCUACCCGUGUCCUCGGAACCUUUGGUUAUCAUGCCCCUGAAUAUGCCAUGACCGGACAGUUGACCCAGAAAAGUGAUGUUUAUAGCUUUGGUGUUGUUCUUCUGGAGCUUCUUACGGGAAGGAAACCUGUUGAUCAUACAAUGCCUAGAGGGCAACAGAGUCUGGUUACUUGGGCAACUCCACGAUUGAGCGAGGAUAAGGUGAAGCAAUGUGUAGAUCCGAGAUUGAAGGCAGAUUAUCCACCCAAAGGAGUUGCAAAGCUGGCAGCAGUGGCGGCUUUAUGCGUGCAGUAUGAAGCGGAGUUCAGGCCAAACAUGAGCAUUGUAGUGAAGGCGCUAUCACCCCUCCUAAAUAAGCAGACUCCACAACAGCCAUCUCUUUCACCAGGGAUCAUGGAUACUUGAAUUCCCGCAGCUUCCCCAAGUCCUUUAUUGUAGAAUUUUAGGCAUUUUCCUAUAUUUAUUAUGAUCGCUUACUGGCAUCAAUCACAGCAGCAAAGCCUUGGCUGCAUUAAGCAGGUUUGCAAAUUUAUCCAGGGCCGUAGCGUGUUUGUUUCUGUGUUUGAUCUUUUUGUAAAAUUACCUACAAUUCGUAUGCGUCAGGCUGGAAAUUUCUUUGAGGAUUAA